AUGGCUAACGAGGACGGGUGCGGGUCAUCUUCGUCGCUUGCUCCCUCGUCCGUCCAUUCUUCUUCUGGAACCACGCGACACGACCCUCUUUCCGUCUCUCAAGGCAGCUACGAGUUGCAGGUUUUGCCUGGGAAAGCAAAGAAAGCAAGGAACAUAGCCACAUCCGAAACGACUUCUGAUGACGAUCUUGAUCUGCCAGCUGGUCGCCCCGAUAGUCCUACACGAUCCGUCAAGAAGGCAAUGUCAAGAGUACCUCUUCUGGUGAGAUCGAGCCCGGCGCAGGGAACAGGGUCAUAUGGCGGCCUGCCUAUUUUUUCUUCCAGUCCAGAGGAGUCUGAUGAGAACAACGUAGUCAAUGAGUCAAGAAAGAAAAAAGGAAAGAGCAGACUUUCGCAUAGUGAACCCACGUUACUCUCGGAUCACAACCACGAUGAUUCGAUACGGAGUGAACCAAUCCUUUCAAGCACUAGCAAGUCACGUCGUAGGACGGGUGACGCUGAUCGUAGCAGCACGACGCUUGGUGUAGCCUCCAGCGGCCAGGAAGAAUGUCGUUUCGAAGCGAGGUUCAACGCCAGCGGCCUCGAUCCUUCUACAGCUGGUGCGCCACUGUUUGACAACUCAACCUCUUCGAGCGGUACGCUAGACGACAAUGAAUCUUCCGACGACGACCUACACGAUAUGAAGGGUAAUCCGUCCGAUAACUCGCCCUACGCUCAAGUCAGGGCAUCCGUUGCUGCUACUGACAACCUGUCUCUGUCUAUUGAUACCCCGCGCAUGUGGUUCCUGUCGAUUCUGUUUUCCAUUGCUGGUUCUUCAACCAACUUGUUCUUCUCCCUACGAUACCCUAGCGUUAGCCUUACUCCUAUUAUUGCACUACUACUUGUUCAUCCUCUCGGUCUGCUAUGGGACCAACUUCUAAAACGACACGACGACCCUGAAGAAACCUUCAUCGAUGGUUGCGCUCAAACAACCUCACACCACCCCCAAUCAUCACAGAACAAAGUCACCUGGGCACGUCGACUACGGCUCUGGCUUGCUCAAGGCCGCUGGAACGAAAAGGAACACUGUUGCGUAUACGUCAGCAGCAAUGUAUCCUUUGGCUUUGCCUUUGCAACUGAUGUCAUCGUCGAGCAGGUCAAGUUCUACAAGCAAGACCUCGGCAUCAUGUAUCAGGUACUGCUCAUCCUCUCCACCCAAAUACUGGGCUACUCCCUUGCCGGCAUUACUAGACGUUAUUUGGUCCGGCCCAGCGGUAUGAUAUGGCCAAGCACGCUGGUAUCCACCGCUAUGUUUACCGCGUUGCACAAAGAUGAGAACAAGCCUGCCGAUGGCUGGACCAUGGCUCCACGAAAAUUCUUCAAGCGCAUAUUUCUGGGGUCCGUCGCAUUUUACUUCCUACCUGGUCUCCUGUUCCCAGCAUUGAGUUAUUUCAAUGUGAUCACCUGGUUCGCGCCAAAGAGCGUUGUCGUCGCUAAUUUAUUUGGAAUCUCGUCUGGCCUUGGAUUAUUCCCAGUGACUUUCGAUUGGGCGCAAAUUGCGUACAUUGGUUCUCCCUUGAUCACCCCAUUCUGGGCUGCCAUGAACAUCCUUGGAGGACUUGUAAUGGUUAUGUGGAUCGCAGCCCCAAUCAUGUACUACAAGAACGUCCUUUACUCUUCGUACAUGCCCAUCCUCUCAUCCGCCGUAUGGGACAAUCGUGGAAAGCCGUACGACGUCAGCAAGAUCUUGACCGAGAACUUCCUCUUCGACGAAGAAGCCUACAAACAAUACAGUCGUGUCUAUCUUCCGAUUACCUACGUAUUGAGCUACGCCCUGCAAUUUGCCGGUCUUACCGCUCUGCUUUCGCACACUGGGCUAUGGUACGGAAAGGAUAUCUGGAGGCAAUGGCGUCGCUCCUGGGCUGAGAUUCGUAAGGAGUCGGCUCAGGACUACCAGCCAUUAGUGAACGGAUCCGAUGCUAACAAUCGUCCGGGCUCACCUGCAAUGCUCCGACAUAGGCCGAGUACGACGUCAGAACCGGACGUGGAAGACCUACUGUCCGCGGAAGACGUGCACAACCGUCUCAUGCGCAAAUAUGAGGAUGUGCCACUUACCUGGUAUCUUCUAACAGGCAUUAGCAUGGCCGCUGUCGGCAUGUUCGUCGUCGAGUACUACCCUGUCCACUUACCCUGGUACGGUCUCUUGCUAGCUCUCGGCAUUGGCGCGGUUCUCUUCGUCCCCAUUGGCAUCGUUAUGGCCAUCACGAACCAACAAAGUAGCAUCUACCUUAUCUGCCAACUGAUCUGUGGCGUUGUCUUCCCCGGUCGGCCCGUCGCAAACAUGGUCUUCACGACCUUUGGCUAUAUCUCAUCCACACAGGGUCUGAAGUUUGCUUCAGAUUUGAAGCUUGGUCACUACAUGAAGAUUCCUCCCAAAAUCCUCUUCAAGCUUCAGCUUUCUGUCACCAUUGUUUCCAGUCUGACGCAGAUUGGUGUGCUCAACUGGAUGCUAAAUUACAUCCCAGGUAUCUGCACACCACAGGCUAUCAACGGCUUCAACUGUCCAAUCGCCCGCGUACACUUCAACGGAAGUAUACUUUGGGGUGUUGUUGGACCAGGAAAGUUCUUCGGCCCAGGCGCACUCUACCAACACCUGAUCUGGGCCUUCCCUGUUGGCGCUAUUGCACCCGUCAUAAUCUGGUGGCUCGCCCGCGGAGACCGCAAAUCUAUUCUUAGUAAAGUCAACCUUGCCGUUGUGUUCGGUAGUCUGAGUUGGAUUCCGCCAGCCACUGGGCUUAACUUCUCCGUUUGGGCAAUCGUCUGCUACAUCUUCAACUACGAGAUUCGGAACCGGAAGAACGCGUGGUGGAAGAAGUACAACAUGAUGCUUAGCGCGGCCUUGGACUCUGGUCUUGCGUUUGGUGUCGUCGUCAUCUUCUUUGGCAUUGUGUACCCCGGUUGGAUGAGUAACUUUAAAUGGUGGGGUACGGAGGUCUACAAGCAGGGUUGUGACUGGCAAGCCUGUCCCUACAAGGAAGUGCCAAAAGGAGGAACUUUCGGGCCCGGAAGGUGGUGA